AAAUUGUGUAAAAAAAAAGAAGAAUAAUUGUAUAUAAAUGAAGGGAAAGUACAAAAAGGAGCAACAGCAGGAAGAAGGAGGAAUAAAAUAUAUUCGAACCGAUGAAAAUGUUGACUGACUCGUUUUAAAAUGUUGAUCGCAUAAGCUGUUUGAAGAGAGAGAAAGAGAUAUAGACCAAGAGAGACGGAAUCAAAAUGCAUUCAACAUCAACACGUAAUCCUGGCCACUUGAGAAGCAUCAUGCAGCAGAAACAGGAGCAGCACAAGGAGCAGGAGCAACGAAUGGGAAUGAGAAUGAGACUUCUUCAUCAUAAUAAUGCCCCCGAUUAAAGAACAAAAAAGCCAAGCUCAAGUGCUCCAAGUCAUUUGUGUGUUCAUUGUGCAAAAGUUGGAGAACAUUGAAGGAUGAAGAAUGAAGACUGACGAUGUCGACGACGACAACGAUGACUAUGACGAUGAUGAACCAUGAGCCCCAGCUAUGAGCAUUAUUAUGGCGAUGAGUGAACUAAGAGAGUGAGAGAGAACGGAAAUGCCUUCAAGAGGCAUUGGGGCUUAGUGUUGUUGGUGUUGGUGUGGUGCAUCAUCAAACACACACUGAACCCCUCAAACCUUCACACAGACAGUUGUACACAUAAUGUCUGCUAAUAUUUGAAGAGCCAGCCGCAUUAAUUGACAUGAAAGAGUCACGCAAGAAGCAUAGCAUAGCACAAAAGAAGAACUGGAACUGGAACAGGAACAGGAGCCGACAGGCUGGCAGGAGCAGCCUACCAGGCGUCACACACAUACACUCGCAACACUUGAGAGUUGGUCUGGUCAACCAAACGAUGUCCAAGGCAGGACAAAUCCGUCAAAUGGUGACGCGAGCAUUGCGUGUAUGGGAAAAUAACUCCAAGUUGACAUUCCGUGAGGUAUACAGCGAUCAGGCGGACAUCCAAGUACUAUUCGCAAGACGUGAUCAUGGCGAUGGCUAUAAAUUCGAUGGCCCCGGCCAGGUGCUGGCUCAUGCAUUUUAUCCUGGUGUUGGACGCGGCGGUGAUGCACAUUUCGAUGCGGAGGAAACUUGGGAAUUUGAUUCGACCACAGAUGAUAGUCGGGGAACCAACUUUCUCAAUGUGGCCCUUCAUGAAUUGGGACAUUCUUUGGGUCUGGGUCAUUCAUCGGAUUCGAAUGCCGUUAUGUUUCCCUGGUAUCAGAAUAAUGAAGUCGAUGGCAAAUUGCCCGAUGAUGAUCGUAAUGGCAUUCAAGAGCUGUAUGGAGCCAAAGACAAAACCUGGGGACCGUAUCGACCACGUACAACCCCAACAACGACCACAACAACUACGAUGCGUUCGCUUGUCUAUAGACCUAAUUAUCCGCCUCGAUAUCCAUACAAUCGGUCUGGUGAAGAUUACGAGCGUGCAAGACAAGAGCGUGAAAGGCAGGAACGCCUGAGACAGGAGCGCAUAAGACAGGAGCGUGAGCGACAACGGGAAAGAGAAAGACAAGAGCGUGAACGUGAAAGAGAACGCGAAAGAGAGCGUUUGAAUCGCGAAAGACAAGAGCGAGAGCGCACUGGAACAACAACCACAACGACAAGAAGACCAAGACCCUACUCAACCGUAGGAUAUCGACACAAUACCCAUAAACCGCAUAAGCCACGAAAACCGAAACCAAAUUCCUGUAUGACCACCUAUGACGCCAUCUCCAUGAUACGCAGUGAAUUGUUCAUCUUUAGUGGGCAGUUCCUUUGGCGCAUUGGUAACAAUGGCUUAUAUCCUGGCUAUCCCACGGAAACACGAAGACAUUGGUCAGCAUUACCUGAAAACUUUGCUCGAAUCGAUGCAGUUUAUGAGAAUAAACAGCGACAAAUUGUAUUCUUCAUAGGUCGCGAGUAUUAUGUAUUUGAUUCAGUUGAAAUAGUACGAGGUUAUCCACAACCAUUGACUAGUUUGGGUCUGCCACCGUCAUUGAGCCACAUUGAUGCCGCCUUCGUUUGGGGUCACAAUAAUCGAACUUAUUUAACCAGUGGCACUUUAUAUUGGCGCAUUGAUGAUGCCACGGGUCAAGUAGAACCUGUGGACUAUCCACGUGAUAUGUCCAUUUGGUCUGGUGUUGGUUAUAACAUUGAUGCCGCCUUCCAGUAUAAGAAUGGCAAAACGUAUUUCUUUAAAAAUCUUAGCUAUUGGGAAUUCAAUGAUGAUUUGAUGAGAGUUGCCCAUGCCAGACCCAAGCUAUCAUCACGUCAAUGGAUGCAAUGUGCUCGCAGUAUCAACGAUGUUGAUGAAGAUCUUCGCUAUAUCCAUUCACCCUUGGUCUCUAGCGAGGAAGAGCAGACAACCGAGGACAUAAAUAGUGGAUCAAGAGAAAAAACAAUCAACAUCAGUCUCUUCUUAAUAAUGCUAUUAUUGAUGACAUUUAAUCGGAGCAGUUAAAGUAUAAGACAUAAUAUUUAAAGUAAUCUAUAUAAUAAUAGCUUAAGAGCCAUGACAUACAGGGAUUUCUUUGCAUCCAGUUUGAAUUCAAGUUCAUUUUUUUAUCUAUAACAAUAUACAUACAAUAUAUUAAAUAUAGAGUCAAAUCUGGACUGUCGGACAGUCUAGUAUUCCUCCAAAAAAGAAGAAGAUGACAACAAACCACACCCAAGCGGCCUUAUCUAGCUUCUACUAUGCAGACAACCAAGUGAGUUGUCUUAUGGGUUAAUUAGAUGGAAAAUCUAGGUAGGGAUUAGCAUUUUUUUUUUCUUCUUUAUUUUGCACAACACUUGCCAAUUGUGCAUCAGAUCUAUAUAGAUAACAGAUAUUAGAUAUACUUAUGCAAUGGGACGAUUUAAUAGUUUUAAGACAAAAGACAUUUGGUUGAUCUCUCCCAACGAAAGCUAAUAAUUUUGAUAGAUGAACUUCAAUCCAAUUACACUGGAAAUAUUAUUUCAGAAGUGAGAUUUUCGAAUUCUCCUUACUUUAUACUAAAAGAAAGCGAAAAAACUUUGAAAAUCUUCUCCAAAAGUCACUUAACUAUUAAAUCUCUCCCAUUAAAAACAAGUAUAUACAUAUAUAUGAAAUAUAUGCUAUAUGGGAAAUGCAUUUUCCCAUUACCACAACUGCCUUAUAAUUAAGUAGAGUAUUUGCUAUCAGAAAUAGAAAUAAAUUCCAAUUAUAAGCAUUUUGCUACUUAUUUUGUCCAAUAAUUUGUUUUCGAUUGUCAUGCGUGUAAUUUUUUUUUUUCCUCCACUCUCUAAUAUUUUAUUUA